UUUGAUUCCAAGGGAAUAUAUCUGUCUUCGUUGUCGUCGUGGCCAUCGUCGCGGGAUUGCGUUGCGCGGGGAUGAUCUCGUCUUCUCUUCGGCAAUCGACAGGAAUGUAGCGGAGCAGUGGGAGUGCGUGGCGCUGCGUCCCCGAAUUCUCAGGGUUUAGGGUUUAUCAUGUACAAGGUAGCCGGCGCCUUGAUUUCCAGAUCCAAGACACAAGCACAGUUCCUUGCGAGACACUAUGGACUUAUCCCCAAGAACACCAAGUAUGGUGUGGAGGCGAGAUUACUUAUGCUUCAAGGUGUCCAGCAGCUCGCGGAUUGUGUCAAAGUCACAAUGGGUCCAAAGGGAAGAAAUGUGAUCAUCGAGCAAGAUAAGUAUGGACCUCCCAGAGUUACCAAAGACGGUGUCACGGUUGCCAAGGCCAUUGGUUUCAAGGAUAAGAUGAAAAACGUUGGAGCAGACCUUGUCAAGCGCGUGGCAAUAUCAACUAACGAUGCUGCUGGAGAUGGGACGACCCUUGCCACGGUUUUAACGCGUGCAAUCUUCACCGAGGGCUGCAAAUUGGUGGCUGCUGGCAUGAACGCAAUGGAACUCCGUCGUGGUAUUAAUCUAGCAGUCGAUCACGUGGUAUUUCAUCUUAAAAAUCGGGCUAAGAUGAUCAGUACUUCCGAGGAGAUUUCACAGGUCGCGACUGUUUCGGCAAAUGGUGACAAGGAAAUUGGCGAUCUGGUUGCUAAAGCUAUGGAAAGAGUUGGCAAGGAGGGAUUGAUCACUAUCUGGGAUGGUCAAAAACUCCAUAACGAGCUUACUGUUGUCGAGGGGAUGGAGAUAGACAAGGGAUAUAUAUCGCCAUACUUUGUCACCAAUGCAAAGACGCAAAAAGCGGAGUUUGAAGACGCAUUGAUUCUCCUCCAUCCUGACAAAAUUUCAAGCGCACAGAAACUUGCACCUGUGCUUGAGAUCAUCAAGAAGCUUCAAAGGCCUCUACUUAUUAUUGCUGAAGAUGUGGAAGGCGAGGCUUUGGCAUCUUUAGUCGUGAAUAAAAUGCGGGGUGGACUCAAGGUAGCUGCCAUCAGAUCCCCAGCCUACGGUGAAAAUAGGAGAAACACUCUGGAGGACAUCGGUAUUUUGACCGGUGCACAACUAAUCACAAACGAGAUGGGGUUGAAGCUUGAGGAUGUUCGUGUUGAUAUGCUCGGAACGGCAAAACAGGUGACAAUUGCUCAAGAAGACACCAUUAUCCUAAAUGGAGGAGGCGACAAAGCAGCCAUUGAAGAGCGUUGCGAGCAGAUCCGGCUAGAAAUACCUGUUGCGAUUUCCAAGUACGACAGGGAAAAGCUGGAGGAGCGUUUGGGAAAGCUAUCCGGUGGAGUGGCCAUGUUAAAGGUUGGGGGCGGAAGUGAAGCAGAAGUCAUGGAAAAGAAAGACCGCGUGAUGGAUGCGCUUAACGCAACAAACGCAGCGAUAGAAGAAGGCAUUGUUCCUGGAGGUGGAGUUGCAUUGCUCUAUGCGGCUAACGAGCUAAAAAACCUCAGUGUACCAAGCUUUGAUCAAAAGAUCGGAGUUCAAGUCAUCCAGAACGCUCUAAAGAUACCAACGCACACAAUCGCUGCAAACGCUGGCGUCGAAGGCGCUCUGGUGGUGUCCAAGCUUCUCGAGCAGAGCAGUCCAAACUUUGGUUACGAUGCUGCCACAGGUGAGUACGUUGAUAUGAUCAAAGCCGGGAUUAUAGAUCCAGUGAAAGUUAUCAGAAUAGCUCUCAUGGAUGCUGCAAGUAUCUCGUCACUGCUAACAACAACGGAGGUGGUGAUAACCGAGGUUUUCAGGGAGGAGAGAGAGGCGAUGCGCGCAGGGAUGGAAGCUCCGCAAGGAAUAGGCGACAUAGCACAGUACUUGUGAUCUCAAAAGGUGAAAGUUUUCUUGCCUUGUAAACUUGAGAGGUUUUGUUCCAUUAUUACUUACGCAGCAA